GAGGCGCCACUUUAUAUUUAUCAUUGCUCAUGCAUGCACAUGUUGUAUACAGGCACACGAAUUUGUGGGUUGGAUGAAAUAUCCUAAAUGUCUUAAUUCAACUUGUGAUGAAUAUAUUGAUUUGUUUGUUUUACUUUUUACAGUGUUGAAUGAAGAGAAAGAAGACGUUGUUCUGAUAAGGUUAUACUUUAAUGUUGGACAGUUUUGCACCAGAGGACUUUGUAAUUUUACAAUGUUGGUGAAAAUAAUCAGAAUGUGAUAUUUAUCAGUGUAAAUGACAACAAUAUAACAAUGUUGUUUACCAAUCAAAUUAUUAAAAUAAGAGUAACCACGAUUACACCUUAAAAGAACACAACAUAUUGCAAUUAAGCUAUCUGCAAAAUAUUACAAUUACGUCAUUGAAGACUGUCUUUUAUUUGUUUUUUGUUUUCUGUUGUAAAUAUGUUCAUAUUUCAACGAUAAUACACUGUAAUUUUCUGAAAGUGUGUCAGAUUUCACAAAAUGGUUCAAACACCAGAGAAACUAUACAAAUGUGAAGUUUAUGUGAAAACAGUUUCUCAAAAGAAUCUUCUGCCUGCAGAUGAAUGUGUUAAGAUCAAGGGAACGUAUUACUAUUGUGAGUUUUGUAGGAAAGUUCUUUCUACUGGUGAAGAAUUAAAUGCUCAUAAACUCAUUCAUUCAGGAGAAAGACCUUACCCAUGUGAAGAUUGUGGGGAAGCAUUUGCUCAAAGUAGUGAGUUAUCAUCUCAUAAGCAGGAUGUUCAUGUGAAAAACAAACGCAAGCACUGUGAAAUAUGUGGAAAAUCCUUUUCCAAAAACAGUCAUCUCUCGAGUCAUAUACGUACUGUUCAUCUGGGAGAAAAGCCUUACCACUGUGAAAUUUGUGGGAAAUCAUUUACAACAGCAUUUGGUUUAUCAAGCCAUCAGAUUCUCCAUACAGGAAAUAAACCUUAUAUUUGUGAAAUUUGUGGGUUGGCAUUUUCAUUUUACAGUAACUUGGCCGGACAUAAACGUAUUCAUACUGGUGAGAAACGACAUCGCUGUGAAAUUUGUGGGAAAAAAUUUUCUAGGAACUGUGACCUUUCGGUGCACAAAUGUAUUCAUACUGAUGAAAAGCCAUUUUGCUGUAAUAUCUGUGGGAAAGCAUUUUCUAGAAAUAGUUCAUUAAAAGUUCACAAAUACACUCAUACUGGUGAAAAACCAUAUAAAUGUGAUAUUUGUGGAAAAGCAUUUCCCAGAAAUCAAGACCUUUCAGUUCAUAAAUAUGCACAUACUGGUAAAAAACCGCAUCAUUGUAAUAUUUGUGGAGAGGCAUUUUCUAGAAAGAGUUCAUUAAAAGUUCACACAUAUACUCAUACGGGUGAAAAACCAUACAAAUGUGAUAUUUGCGAAAAAGCAUUUCCAAGAAACCAUGAUCUUUCAGUUCAUAAAUAUAGCCAUACUAAUGAAAAACCAUAUCAUUGUAGUAUUUGUAGAAAAGGAUUUUGUAGAAGUGAUUCUUUAAAACGUCAUAGAUACACUCACACUGGUGAAAAACCAUAUAAAUGUGAUAUUUGUGGGAAAGCCUUUUCUAGAAAUUGUGAUCUUUCAGUUCAUAAAUAUUUGCAUACUGGUGAAAAUCCAUAUCAUUGUAGCAUUUGUGGAGAAGUAUUUGCUAGUAAUAGUUCGUUAAAAGUUCAUAAAUAUACUCAUUCUGAAGAGAAACCAUACAAAUGCGAGAUUUGUGGAAAAGCAUUUCCCAGAAAUUAUGACCUUUCAGUUCAUAAAUAUAGCCAUACCGGUGAAAAGCCAUACAAUUGUGACAUUUGUGGGAAAUCAUUUUCAAGAAAUGAUUCUUUAAAACGUCAUAAAUUUUCACAUACUGGAGAAAAACCAUACAAAUGUGAUAUUUGUGACAGAACAUUUUCUAGAAACUGUGACCUUUCAGUUCAUAAAUACAGUCAUAUUGGUGGAAACCUACAAACAUGACACUUGUAGAAUAACAUAUUUAAUAAUAUUUCAUUAACAAGACAUUGGAUUCACACUGAGAAAACAAUUGAAUAUCCGAGUCAUUUGUAGAGGAAUUUUUACUUAAUGGAAACUUAUUCCAGUAUAAUUGAGGUGGAAUAUUUAUAUAUUAAACUUUUAUUUUUAUGAAAAUAAACUUUAUGUACUUACUAUGUAAAA